AUGAGAGGAGAGAGAGAGAGGAGAGAUGAAGAUGGGGAGCUCGGCCGGGGUGGUGGGGGGUUCAUGUUGGUGGGGGAGUUUCGCGGAGGGUGGUGGGGGUGGGUGCGUCGUUUUGGUGGUGCGGGUGGUGGGGGGGCGUGGAACCCAGAUUCGCAGCGUUUGUGCGCGCUUCCCGCGGUGUCAUCGGCUCUCCUCUGCCCUCUCAAGUCGGCUUCGCCGGCGCCGUCGCUUCUCUCUCAUCACUUCUUCGCACUCCAGCGGUUCUGGGUCCAUGAUUGGGGGGGGGGGGUGGGGGUGGAGUUUUAA